AUGAGUGUUUGGGUAAAAUUCUGCCCUUAUCUUCAGAUGCCCUCAGUUUCUCAUUAGUUAAAAGCCCACUCAUUAGGAAGAGCACAUUCCCGGGACAAACACAUCAGCUGUUGUAAAUUGUUCCGCCAAAGUUUUCUGCUGUUCACUGAUUUUCUAGAGGACACAUCAAAACAAUUUCCCAGAAAAAAAUAUACCAUGGAUGUUUGGGUCAAACGGUUAGCAGUGGUGGCACUGCUUACCGUGGUUGACGCUCAGCUGCCGAAGCCAGCACGGGUCCCUUUGGUUCUGCACAAGCCUUUCAUGGUUGUCUGGAACGCGCCAACUGAGCAGUGCAGGCUGCGGUACAAGGUAGACCUGGAUCUCAGUGUUUUUGACAUUGCAUCCAACACCAAUGAGACUUUGAGCGGAUCCAAUGUGACAAUCUUUUAUCACACUCAUUUGGGAUACUAUCCCUACUACUCAGAUGAUGGAGACCCUGUCAAUGGAGGGGUGCCCCAGAAUGAAAGUCUUAUCAAACACCUUAAUAAAGCAAAGUCUGACAUUGACUAUUGCAUACCCAUGAAGAAAUUUCAGGGACUUGCAGUCAUUGACUGGGAAAACUGGAGGCCCCAGUGGGAUAGGAACUGGGGCAAUAAAAGCAUUUAUAGGAAUAAAUCUCUGGAGAUGGUUAGGAGACGGCAUCCUCAGUGGUCAGAGCACAGAAUUAGGAAAGUGGCUAAAGAGGAAUUUGAAAAUGCUGGCAAGAGUUUUAUGAACAACACCAUCCUUCUGGCUGAGCAUAUGAGACCAAAUGGUUUGUGGGGUUACUAUCUCUACCCAGACUGCUACAACUAUGAUUACAAAGAACACCCCCAAACAUACACAGGGAGAUGCCCAGCCAUUGAGUCUUCCCGCAAUGACCUCCUGCUUUGGUUGUGGAAGGAAAGCACUGCUCUCUACCCUUCUAUAUACCUGGAUUAUAUACUGAAGUCAAGUCCAAAUGCACUAAAAUUUGUUCACUAUCGGGUUAAGGAGGCGAUACGUGUUGCCUCAAUUGCUAGAAAAGACUACGUUUUGCCUGUGUUUGUUUACUCCAGACCAUUUUAUGCCUAUACUUUUCAUGUUCUAACAGAGACAGAUCUGGUCAAUACCAUUGGUGAAAGUGCGGCUUUGGGAGCAGCCGGAGUUGUUCUGUGGGGCAGUAUGCAAUACGCCAGCUCAAAGGACAGCUGCUCAACGGUUAAACGGUACAUUGACGGACCCUUAGGACAUUAUGUCAUUAAUGUGACUUCAGCAGCCAAACUCUGUAGCAAAGUCCUGUGCAAGAAGAAUGGAAGAUGUAUCCGCCAAAACAGCGACUCUUCUGCUUACCUCCAUUUGUCACCCACUAAUUUUAAGAUCCGAGUCCGUCACUCAGAGAGGGGCCCCAGGUUCCAGGUCACUGGUGAACCCAGCCUGGAGAAUAUUGAAGCCAUGAGGCAGAGAUUCAUGUGUCAGUGUUACCAGGGCUGGACAGGAAUAUUUUGUGAAUUGCCUGACCAAAGGCUAAUGGAGCGCUGGGUUCACCUUGUGUUCAGUAGAUCAAGAAAACAAAAGCUUUAUGUCUUUCUCUUAGGAGCCAUGCAGCUUCUUCUGCUUUGCACCACACACUAAAAUCUUCUGAGGUGCAAGGAAGUAAGAAAUGGUGUCACUAAAAGUCCUGUUCCUUAGCAAGUUUUUACUGCACAGGGAAAAGGCUUUGUUGACUAGAUGGUUUUAUUCUGGUUUCUUCAUCUCCCACUCCUGGAAUUGCUUCAGAUAUCAAACAUUUUGAAAGCAACCUCCUCUUUUUUACCACCUCUCUACUCUUAAUUCAUGUUUUACUCAUAUGUUCAACAGAUAAAGCUUCUGCUGCAGCAGUGGAAGUUUACCUGAGUAAAAAAAGUUGAAUAAACUUGUACAAGGAUUCAUCCAUGUAGAAGCUUAAAAAAGGACACAGAGACUCUUUCUUUCAGGGCUGGAUGAUUUAACAUAUGGUGAUGAGGAGCGUCUUCAUUUGCACCAGGGAUCACAAACUGUUCACUGCAGCUCUUGCUUGAAGUCAAAUGGCAUUUUAUGUAAACAGCAGCACUGUGCCCAGAGCCACAUCCACCACACUGUACCGAUCCUACUGCUUCUGCAUGGACAAUGUGAAGAGCAUUAAGUUAUACAUCAGUGCACACUUUAAAAAAAAUGUAUGUCAAGCAUUUCAGGGCCUAAUUUGAUUAAUAUUAUUUCUAGACAUAUCAGUAUUUCCAGCGGUAGCUUUGUGCCAUCCUUUUCAAAGGUACCAUUCAACUGAAAAUCUCUGCAAUUGCCAGUUAUUGUGUCAAAUGUUCAUUUUCCCAUCGCACCAGCCAACCAGCAGAAUGUAUAUGCGUUUAGGUGAGGGGCUCCUGACCUCUGAGACCAAUGCUGGUAGCUGGCAUCCUGCAGUGCUUCUGCCCAGGCAGGCAAUGGGAGAGCUCUUCUCCUCUUGCUCUGACCCCCUGGGAAGCAGGCAGCCUUGCUGCUGGGUAUCACUGCUGUCUUUGGGGCUGCUGCAGGUCUUUGCUUUCUGCUCGCUAGUUACAUGGGUCUGGUAACUCUGCUCUCCUGCUGCUGUUGUGCAGUCACCCAACCAAACUGGCUUGUCAGCGACUGGGAAAUGGGAACAGGCUGACAUCCCACUGCUGGUGUGCCUUGAGCAGGGGAGGAGAAGAUGAAGGACCUUACUCGCCAGCAACAUUUUGGCUUGCAGCCUUUGGCUUCAGGUGGGGACCUCUUUGGAGGUGGUAUAACUUAAUGAACUACUGAUUACUGAUGAAUCUGGCAUCCAUAACACGCCAUCCUGUCAGGCUGUGGCAUGUCCAUUUGCAAUUAUUCAUCGAUCUAUGUUCAUUUGUGAACAAACGUAUUUCAUCAAAGACCUAUCUGUCUUCCAUACAGCCUUUCAACGUAGCAAACAAUGAAUGCCUUCAUUGAAUUGAAGGCAAAAAAAUCCCCUACAUGUCUCCGACUUAGGGAAGAUACUAAAAUAAUUUUCUUUUGAGGCUUUUUAUGAUGCAUUGAACUGAAUACUGUUCCAGAGCACGGACACAGAAAUUAGUAAGAAACCCACAUGUGGGUCUAAGACAUUUUCUUUACCCUGACUAGUGUCUGUAUUGAUCAUUUGUGGCCAUACUUCACUGCUUACAUUAAACAAUACCCUGUUCCUGUAGCAGUUUACUUAAAAUCAGCAAGGCUAUGUGGAGAGGAUGCUCAACUGAGUAAGAAAUCUGAAUCUGACCCUUAGCCAGGCCCCCUUCCUGAUACUGCCCUAAAUUAGUAUUAACAUGUCUCAAUGCAUUAUGAUCUGCUUGGGUGUCCUAUGUUCUUUGUAAUCUGCUGUUAUCUCUGAACAUUUCUUCAUGAUAACCCCACAAAAGAACUUACUUUGGUUUGCCAGGACCAGAUUCACAGCUGGUGUGAGCCAUGAUGCUCAGAUUCACUUGAGCCAAAGAUCCAACUCAUAACAGACCUGCAGUGGGUAUCUUAAGGCUGCAAUGAUACCUAGACACUGGAAUGGGACUGACUUCAGUUAAAGAGACUUAGGGCUAGCUAUAGUGAGUCACUGUGACAACAUGUGCUGAGAAACUACAGGAGAGCUUUGCUUGACCUUUUGCUUUCUAGUGUGUAACAGCAAUGGGUGAUCGCAAAAGUGAAGGUAAAAAGCGUUAUUCUGGUGUGGGAGAGAAAGGAUUAAAACUAAAGUUUAGAAAAACUGACAGUUGUUAAGAACUAUGCCUUUAGACUGAAGCUAGAGUGUUUACCAUUUCACAUAUUUUUUACUGAUUAUAUAUAUUCUGCUUUAGCUCUUUAUUCAGUUCAGAGUAUGGUAAACUUCAAGGGGAACUUCAACUUACACAUAAUUUAAUGUAUUGAAAGCAUAGAAACUAUUAGCUCAGUUUUGCUGAAUAGCUGCCACAAAUCUGUAUUUAAACUGGAUGGUCCUGCUUUAUGUAAUACUGUCCUGUGUUCUAAAACCAGAUGUGAUGUGAAAACACUGUAAUCCUUAUGCACUGUGUCAGUGAAAGAUGUUCUUAAAAUGUUGCGUAACACUUUUUGUAAAGUGUUUCCAUUAUUUCUGUAGCCUUUUAAGAAUAAACUGUA